CAGGCGGGCGCUGAGGGCUGAGCAGAAGCUCCAAGAUGGCGGCGCCCCCGGGUCCCUCCGCUCCGAGCCCAACUCCGGGCCCAUCCCCGGGCUCGGGCUGCGCUUUGGGCCCGUCCACCUCGUACCGCCCCUUCGACCCCACCUCGCUGGGGCUGGACCCGAACUGGAGGUUGACGAGUUACAGCGAACUGCGGGGAUGAGGCUGUAAAGUGCCGGAGGAAACGCUGCUGCGGCUGCUGGAGGGGUUGGGGGGACCUCGGAGCGGAGCGGCGGCGGCGGCGGCGGCGGCCGGGGGGGGGGACGGAGAAGGAGCGGAGCCCGGGGGGGCACCGACGUUGGGUAUCGGAACUGACUGCUGUGUGAUCCCCCUGCGCCACGGGGGGCUCUCCUUGGUGCAGACCACCGACUUUUUCUACCCUCUGGUGGACGACCCCUACAUGAUGGGCCGCAUCGCCUGCGCCAACGUGCUGAGCGACCUGUACGCCAUGGGCAUCACCGAGUGCGACAACAUGCUGAUGCUGCUCAGCGUCAGCCAGAAGAUGACGGACGAGGAGCGGGACAAAGUGAUGCCCCUCAUCGUCAGAGGCUUCCGUGACGCGGCCGAGGCUGCGGGGACGUCGGUGACGGGGGGGCAGACGGUGCUGAACCCCUGGGUCAUCGUGGGGGGCGCUGCCAGCGUGGUGUGCCAGCGCCAGGAGUUCAUCGUCCCCGACAGCGCGGUGCCCGGGGACGUGCUGGUGCUCACCAAGCCGCUGGGCACGCAGGUGGCCGUCACUGCGCACCAAUGGCUGGAUAACCCGGAGCGCUGGAACAAGAUCAAGCUGGUGGUGACCCGCGAGGAGGUGGAGGCGGCCUACAGGGAGGCCAUGUUCAGCAUGGCCACGCUCAACCGCACCGCGGCCGGAUUGAUGCACGCCUUCCACGCUCACGCGGCUACGGACGUGACGGGCUUCGGUCUGCUGGGCCACGCGAGGGCGCUGGCGCGGCAGCAGAGGCAGGAAGUGGCGUUCGUGCUGCACAACCUGCCCGUCAUCGCCAAGAUGGCCGCCGUCAGCAAGGCCUGCGGGGGGCGAUUCGGUCUGCUGCAGGGAACCUCCCCGGAGACUUCCGGCGGGCUGCUGCUGUGCCUGCCCCGCGAGCAGGCGGCGCGCUUCUGCUCGGAGCUCCGCGCCCGGACCGGCGGCCGCCCGGCGUGGAUCGUCGGCAUCGUGGAACGCGGCGCCCGCGGGGCGCGGGUCAUUGAGAAGCCGCGGCUCAUCGAGGUGCCCCCCCCGGAACCCCCCGCUAAUUAAUCCGCUCAUUAACGGGCUCUCGUUAACGACACAGUUCCUACCGAUAUGUUCGCUGAUCGAAGUGCCCCCCCCCCCACCUCCUCCCGGAGCCCCCAAUUAGUUCAUUAGGGGGCACUCAUUAAACCCCCACCCCCCCUCUCCAGGACCUCCAGGGCCCCCGCUAAUUAGUUAAUUAAUGGGCUUUCAUUAAUCCCACAGGUCAUACAGAUGCACUCACUGAUUGAAGUGCCCCCCCCCUUCCCCCCAGAGCCCCCAAUUAACUCAUUAACGGGCUCUCAUUAAUCCCACAGGUCAGACAGAUGCACUCACUGAUUGAGAUGCUCCCCCCGGAGCCCCCUUCUAAUUAAUCUGCUAAUUGAUGGGCUCUCAUUAACCCCACAGGUCAGACAGAUGCACUCACUGAUUGAGAUGCUCCCCCCGGAGCCCCCUUCUAAUUAAUCUGCUAAUUGAUGGGCUCUCAUUAACCCCACAGGUCAGACAGAUGCACUCACUGAUUGAGAUGCCCCCCCCGGAGCCCCCUUCUAAUUAAUCUGCUAAUUGAUGGGCUCUCAUUAACCCCACAGGUCAGACAGAUACACCGAUUGAGGUGCCCCCCCCACAGCCCCCAAUUAAUUAAUGGGCUCUUAUUAACCCCCCCCCCCACCACCACACACACACUGGGCUAAUCGAGGUACCCCCCCCAGAGCCCCUAAUUAGCGGGGGCUCA